AUGCACAAAUCCCUGCCGCCUCUAGACGCGGCGUGGGACCCGACUCUGCAGACUGACGAUGGAGAGGAGUACUGCUGGACGCCGCUACAGCUCGCCGCCAGAAGCGGAGACCUGGACCAAAUCCGCGCCAUCCUUGCCGCCGACCCGGCGGCCAUCAACGAGCCCCCGCACGGGUACUACGGUCAGACGGCCGUCCAGGCUGCAUGCAUGCACGGCCACGAACAGGCCGUGCAGAUGCUUGUCGACGCCGGCGCCGAUAUCCACUUUUGCGGGGGCAACAACUUCCAAAGGAACGCCUUGCAGAUAGCCUGCGGGCACGGCAACGAAAAGGUCGUUGAUAUCCUGCUCAGCGCGGGGGCCAGAGUCGACGAGGUGUCAUUGAAGCCUGUGCCGCAUCCUUCGGGGUACAGGUCACCAACAAUACCAUCGUCGUCGCCGGUUGUCGUGACGCGGUAUAACGGAAGAACGGCACUCCAGGCAGCAGCAGAACGAGGACACGAGCAUCUCGUCAGUCGACUGCUGCAAAUGGGUGCCAACGUGAACGCCCCGCCUUCACCAACGGCGGGGUAUACGGCACUGCAAGCCGCAGCGGGCGGCGGCUACUUGGCGAUAGUGAAGCUUCUUCUCCAACACGGGGCUGAUAUCAACGCGGCCUCGGCAAAGUACAAGGGCUACACGGCUCUUCAGGGCGCAUGUCUGCGAGGUCAUCUCGAGGUCGCCGACCUUCUUCUUCGGGAAGGCGCUGAUGUCUACGCCGUGGGAGGAAUCUACGGGGAUGCAAUGGCGUUGCAUGCGGCAGCUGAGACAGGUCGAGUGGAUGUGAUAGAGCGCUUGUUGGCGGCCGGUGCUGAUGUGAAUGCCUGUAGCUUCAAGGGACGAAGAGGGCAGACUCCGCUGCAGAGCGCUGCGGUUGGAGGUCACGAGGAAGCGAUGAGGGUCCUGAGAGAUCACGGUGCUGUAGGAAAGACUGGAGGUGGAAGGUUCUUGUUUCCUUGA